AAGUGCUUUUAUAAUGGUAAGCAUUAACAGCUCCAACUGCUCCUAUGAUGACUCCUUUAAGUAUACUUUGUAUGGAUGCAUGUUUAGUAUGGUGUUUGUGCUGGGAUUAUUAUCCAAUUGCGUGGCCAUAUACAUUUUCAUCUGCACGCUCAAGGUUCGAAAUGAAACCACAACUUACAUGAUUAACUUGGCCAUGUCAGACUUGCUCUUUGUUUUCACGUUACCUUUCAGGAUUUUUUACUUCACAACCCAGAAUUGGCCCUUUGGAGAUACACUGUGUAAGAUUUCAGUGAUGCUGUUUUAUACCAACAUGUAUGGAAGUAUUCUGUUCUUAACCUGUAUUAGUGUGGAUCGGUUUCUGGCAAUCCUCUAUCCCUUUAAGUCAAAGACUCUCAGGACCAAACAAAAUGCGAAAAUUGUUUGCAUUAUUGUGUGGUUAACUGUGUUGGGAGGAAGUGCUCCUGCAGUUUUUUUCCAGUCUACUCAUUCUCAGCCAAACAAUACCUCAGAAACCUGCUUUGAAAAAUUUCCAGAAGACACAUGGAAAACGUAUCUCUCAAGGAUUGUCAUUUUCAUUGAAAUAGUGGGAUUUUUUAUUCCUCUGGUUUUAAAUGUAACCUGUUCAAGUUUGGUGCUAAGAACUUUAAAUAAGCCUGUUACUCUAAGUCGAAGCCAAAUAAACAAAACUAAGAUCUUGAGGAUGAUUUUUGUACAUUUGGUCAUCUUCUGUUUCUGUUUUGUGCCCUACAAUAUCAACCUUAUUCUGUAUUCUCUGAUGCGGACACAAACGUUUGUUAACUGCUCUGUGGUGGCAGCAGUGAGGACAAUGUACCCUAUCACUCUGUGCAUUGCUGUUACAAACUGCUGUUUUGACCCUAUCAUUUACUACUUUACAUCAGACACAAUUCAGAACUCAAUAAAAAUGAAAAACUGGUCUGUCAGGAGAAGCGACUCCAGGUUCUCCGAAGCUCCAGGCACAGAGAACUUUGUGCAGCACCAAAUACAGACCUUCAAAACAACGAUCUUGGACAGUGACUCCACGGUAUAAGCUGCUUGAA